AUGAAUAUACCUGAAAAUGCUUCUAAACUUAGUUUGGAUGAAAUUUAUGAUAAAAUGAAAGGUUGUAUUUACGGAGCUGCACUCGGUGACGCCAUAGGGUUGGCCGCGGAGUUUAUGUCAAAAGCAGCAGCUAGAAAAUUAUACGGUAUUGGCCCAAUAGCAUUUGGAUCAGAGAAAGGUUAUGAAUUUUACAUUGAUCAACAUCGAGGAAGAUGGGAUGACGGUGAUUGGACCGAUGACAUGGAUCAACAGCUACUUAUAAUUGAUUCAUUGACUGCGACAAAUGGAUUAUUUAAUUCUCGUGAUUUUGCGCGUCGAUUGCAUAAAUGGGUUAAUCAUGGAUAUCCGGAACUUGAUAACAAGCCUCCUAAUGGCUUAGGAUUAACUGUUGGAUCAGUAUUGGAACAUCCCAAGUUUGAAUCUAAACCACAUCGCGCAGCUUGGGACGUAUGGGUUAAAUUUGAUCGUAAUAUGGCGGCCAACGGUGCACUGAUGAGGACUGCGAUAUUAGGUGUCCCAUCCUUUUGGGAUGAAAAACAAGUGAUAAAACAAACCUUACAGGCAACAAAGGUUACUCAUGCGGAUCCAAGAUGUUGUAUAUCAAGUAUAAUCGUAACAAUAUUAAUUUCGAGAUUAUUAAAAGAUAAUAUGCAAGAAGUUCUACCUGAUCUAGACGAUGAAACAAAAGGAGAGAUUUUGAAAUGGACGCAAUCCGGAAAUCCCGAUAAUCGACCAGAUUUUGAUAUUGAUUCAGGAGAUCCUCCAUCGACAACUAAAGCGCGUUCAAUUAAUAAAGAUACAACGAAAAAGAAAAAUAUUAUUAGUAAAGUAAUUAAUAAAGUUGGUGAUUCAUUAAAGGGAAAAAAAUCUGACAAAAGAUCAGAAUGGUCGAAUUAUGGAAGAAAAAGUAAAGAUCAAUCGAAACACAAAUCUCGUGAAGACGCUAAAAUUCCUGAAAAUCUUCCGCCUGGGAUUGAAACAUAUGGAGCUGAUCCUAUGAUAUUAUCAUUAACUCGUGCUGUUGUGGAUCGUUACAAAUUUAUUGUCAAUUCAACUCCCGUUGAGCAACAACCUGAUGGACCACAAAAUUCACGAGCUCUUAAAACUGAUAUUGGUGAAAAGGCACUUUUACAACAUUGUUUUCCUGAAAAUUUAACGGCUCUUAAAUUAGACGAAUCAUCUUCUAUUGGAUAUGUUUAUAAAUGUCUUGGAUCAGCAUUAUAUUGUUUUACAAGGAAUUUGAAUCAACAAUCAGAUGAGGGUGAAGCUUUUAAGAAAAUUAUUACCGAAUUGGCAUUAGAGGCUGGUGAUUCUGAUACAAAUGCUACAGUUGCUGGAGCUCUGUUGGGUGCUAGAAUUGGAUUUAAAAAAUUACCUAAAUCUUGGGUAGAAGGAUUAAAAUUUAAUUCAUGGUUAGAAGAUAGGGUGAAUGGUCUUUGGGCUAUAAUCUCUGGUAAAGAAGAUUGGGUUGAAGUUGACGAUGAAAUUUUACAAAGUUAA